AUGAGGAGGCACGCUGACCCGACAACACCGUGGCCCGAAGACGUCGGGCGCGAGGACGCAGGAGCUGGCUGGCUGCGCUUCGAACCGCCGGAUCCAAGGAGUAGAGUGCAAUGCGACCAGAAGGACACUUCCAGGCCUUCACGUCCAUCACAGGAGGUGACUGCGAAGGAGGGAAUCCACCGCCUUGCGGCAGCGGCAGCAGAAAUAAACCGAUACCUCGGCUACCACAUGAACUUCAGGCAUCGACUGCGCGUUAACCACGAGGCCGCUCUGCAGCAACUUCGGCGGCGCCUCGAUAUGUCUGAACUGAGGGAAAGACGACAGGUGGAGCGUGUGACGACAACUGCGGCACCUACCGGCGGCGACAGAGCAGUUGGCGGGUGCCACGCGGAGAAUCGGAGCGGGAAGGGCGGGCGCGAAGUGGAAGCGUUGCAGCGGCAGGAGCACGCGGAAGAAGGCCGCCCGACUUCGGCUGCGCUGGAGGUCAGUCGGCUGUCGCGGGGCGCCUCUCAGCAUCCUCUCGCGCACGUCCGGCACGAGGUCGAAGAGGAGCGAGCCCUGGUGAUGGAGGAGGAGAGGGAGGUUACAAGUACGGGGAACGUUGAUGCGGAAAGAGGUGGUGGUGGUGGUGGUGGUGGUGGUGGUGGUGGUGGUGGUGGUGGUGGUGGUGGUGGU